AUGAAGAAAAUCAUAUCAUUCUUUGGUGGAUCAAACACUAGCACCACAUCAACAUCAUCAUCUAAAUCAUCAUCAACAGUAUCAUAUAAAGAUUUUGUAAAUGAUACAUCAUCAUUGUCACUUGACGAUUCGAGAAGUGAUUAUCAAAAUGCUCAUUACUACAACUACUAUAGAUACAUUGAAAAGGAGUCACGUGGUACUGACCAUAGAGCAAAGAGUGGUUUACAGUGUAGAAGAGUACUACCAAACCAACUAAAUGCACCAGCACUUGCUCCAUCUACUUUACAUUCAGGAUCGAGUAAAUUCACUCUCAAAAGUGUUGAAAUCAAUUCAGUCAUUACUGAUACUUGUUCAGUAUCAACUUUAAAGAAACAUUUUGUAAAUGAAUAUGAAUCACCAGUUGAAGCAUUCUAUCAAUUACCAUUACCACCACAAGCAUCUGUCAAUGGAUUUACUGUAGAGUUUGAUGGAAAGGUGUUGAGUGGAGUGAUCAAAGAAAAGGAGGAGGCAUUCCAAGCAUACACUGAUACUAUUGCUUCAGGAGGUCAAGCUUUCCUAGGUGAGAAAUCAGCUGACGGUUACUUUACCAUGUCAAUUGGAAACUUGCCACCAAAAAAGGAUGUAUCUAUUACAUUGGACAUUAUAUCAGAGAUUGGUACACACUUGGACUCUCUCCACUUUUGUUUGCAUCGUUUCCUAUUUCCAAACUAUUCCUUUGAUUUCAAGGCCAAUCUCAAGGUUAAUCUAUCUACACCUAUCCAAGACAUUGCCGCCUUGGAAGAUGUCUACCAAAAGGCCAGUCAAAUCACCUAUUCCGAAGACAAAAAGAGUGUAACCUUUUCCACUCAUUCUACCCAAGGUGUUCCAAACAACUAUGUCGUCGUCAUCGUCCCACACUCGACACCAGAACCAAAGGCAUUGGUUGAAUACAUUGAAAAGGAGAAAUCAUAUGCCGUAGCACUCAGUUUCUAUCCAUCUUGUAUUUUAGAUAAAACUCCAGAAGAUGAAUUAAAUCAAAAAAUGGAAUGUAUUAUAAUUGUUGAUAGAUCAGGAUCAAUGAGUGGUGAUAGAAUUGAAUCUGCAAAGAGAGCAUUGGAAAUUAUGAUGAGAUCAUUGAAUGAAAAUACAAUGUUUAAUAUUGUAUCGUUUGGUUCGGGAUUUAAAAAGUUGUUUCCAUCAUCGACUCGUUACAAUGACGCUAGUUUGGAAAAGGCUAGUUCUUUGAUUGCCAGUAUGGAUGCUGAUAUGGGUGGAACCGAGUUGUUUGAACCAAUCAAGGAUGUGUUGGCUAUGCCUGCAUUGCCCGAGUACCCAAGACAGGUGUUUAUCCUGACCGACGGUGCCGUCUCGCAAAGAGAGGUGCUCAUCAAGUAUGUUGCAUCCGAGUGUAACACUACUCGUAUCUUUACACUUGGUAUUGGUAAUGGUGUCGAUAAGGAACUGGUUAUCGGUCUCAGCAAGGCAUGCAAGGGUCACUAUGAAAUGGUCAGUGACACGUCCAGCGGAUUUGAAGAGCGUGUCUUGUCGCUGCUGUCGAUUGCCACUCAGCCAAUGUUGAGUAACGUGCAUAUUAACUGGGAAGGUGCCGGUCUCCAAGUCGUCCAAGCACCACUCAGUAUCAGACCCAUCUACAACCGCGAACGUAUGAUGAUCUAUGCAUUGAUUGAAUACACCGACAAGAACGAGUCGACUACCAAGAAGGGUGCUGUCACGGUCACACUCACCGGCAGCGGACCCACUGGCAACAACCUCGAGUUCCCCAUCACCAUUGAUUUUGCCAACGCCGUCCACUCGGAUGCCAAAGAACUCGUUCACUCGUUGGCUGCCUACCAGUCGAUUCAAGACCUCGAACAAUUGGAAAAGAAAAAGUCCGAGAACCACAAAGACCGUAUCGUCAAGCUCGGCAAACGUUUCCGUCUAGUCUCCAAGCACACCUCGUUUGUUGUCACUGCCGAAUCUGAAGAGCCAACCCUCGACUCUUUAACACAAGUAAAUGCCCUGUCAAAGCUUGAAUCUGCCGCCAGCGUCACAAGCAGCGGUGACCAGGCUCAAGAACUCUCUUGCAAAUUGUCUGCACCAAGUCCACGAUCACGUAGGUUAUCUAGUGGCUUUGCACAAAGCCAAUCCAUGCCCAUGAAGGAAUGCUCAAAACAAUCACAAUCCUUCAAAAGAUGUGAAGAAGAAAGAAGUGUACCAACAAUGCAAUCCAACGAAUUAUUAGACAUUCUCCGUCAACAAAAAGCUAAUGGUAGUUGGGCAUCAAAGACCACAUUGAAAUUCACUCUUCCAAAGAAUCCAAUCGGUGGUAGUGACACUGACGACAUUUGGACAACCAUUGCCAUCAUUGCCCAUCUCCAAAAGGUACAUGCCGAUAAAAAGGCUCAAUGGAACAUGGUUGUCAUCAAAGCUCUGAAAUGGCUCAAACAACAACCAGCUUUUGUAGCCGACCCAUCCCAACUUGCCACAUUCUCUCAAAAAGCAUCUGAACUUCUAAAAUAA